AUGCGCCAAAAUGGACGUCAGAUUCGCAGCGAACCGCCGACAUACGCAUCUAUUCAGGUGAGAAUCAAACUCUCAACUUGGCUCAGCUGGUAGGGCAUUUGAUGGCCGCUCGAGGGACCCAAGUUCAAUCCCUGCUUCAAUAUGAAACUUUUGGCUCUCGAAGAUAAGAUAAAUGUUAAUGGUGAUGAUGAACUGCAAGAAGGGCUUAUCACGUCCCGCCCCGAUCACGGAAAAAAGGCUUCUUCUUCUUCUUGGAUUCCCCAUCGCCGCCUAUUGACAUUUAUCCCUACACGGCCUUUUCUUUGUUUGAUUCUCCUUCUUCGCUUCCUUCCGCAAGCAGCUCGUUAGAGGAACAUGGUAAAAUGAGAUUUUUGUUUGGAAUUAUUGAACAACCGGAAACGAAUAUAAUGAAUGUUCUUUUCAUGCAAAGCUCAAAAUACUUGCCUUAUUUGGCCUUUUUGAAGGCUUGGCACUUGUCGAAGACUUCAUGUUUCAUUCUUUCUCUGUCCUGGAAGUAAAUAAUCUUCUAUUUAAAUUUUUCUGUAUAGAAUCCUUUCUAGAAAGUUGAAGAACCAAAAAUUUUUUUAUAAAAAAAUAUUUCAAAAAAAGUCUCAAGACGAAAAUCCGUUUCCAGUUUCAUUUAGGUCGGAAAACGUCUCCGCCUUUAAUAAAAUCGCUUCAUAAAAAAAUUAAAAAAACUCAGAGAGAGAAUAACUGAUAAACUUUUGGAAAAAAAUAACGUUUAUUAUUCGUUCUUUGUUCAAAAACCUUUCACAGAAGUAUAAACUGAAUCCAAAAAAAAAACUUUUUCGAGACGAAUAGCCUUUUUCAAUGAUAUCUCAUUUCAUGCAAGGCUUCUCCGCUUUUGCAUACCCUAGAAAGGAUAUAUGAACAAACUAUAUACAUUACGUGAGUGUGAUAGACUGAUUUUGUAGAUAUGAAUGAGUUGAGAGCAAUAUUUGUUUUUUGUCAAAUACUUCAAAUAAACUGAAAAAUCUUUUAAAAAAAUACUUUUUCUUCGACAGGAAAACUGAAAAACAGAAUGAACUAAUUGAAAAUGGAGAGUAGGUUAUUCAAACAAUUAGAAAAAAUUAAAAAAUAGAAUACAAAAAUAUAGAAAAAACGUGCGCGUCAUUUUAUAAGCAUGCCGUGCUUGUUUUCUGCGCUAUGUUUGCGUAUUUUUUAAAUACCGUACCUUUCAAAAAUUAUCGAUAAAGUAAAAAGCAUUUUUGAUUCAAAAUGGUCCUGCAAAUAAGUUUUAUGUUCAUUUAACGCAAUCGGAAAUCAAAACCUGGCGGCAAACGCGUUUCCCGUUUUUCUCUGUUUUUGUGCGUCCUCUCAUUUCCCAUCUUCCUGGAUCGCUCUUCGAAAGGAAAAAUAUGUGCAUGAAAAAAUUAUUUUCUUUCCACCCAUGCUGUUGACUAAUUCAAAUGUAUUCAUCUUUGCAUAGAAGAACCUUCUCGAGACAAAUAUCGACAAUAAAGGUUGAAUUUUUGUUUAAAAAGUUAUAUAGUGUUGUUCCAUGUGAUUGUCUCAUUUUAUAUGUUCUUUUCUUCGUUUUCCAACGGGAACAUUUUCUCAGGAGGACAGUGAAGAGCACUCUGACGCGUCGGAAGCCGACGACCGGCCGCCUGGAAGGUUUAUCGCCACCAGGAGUCAUGACGAGGUCCCGACACGAGCUUUGGUGAGGAAAAAAAAUCUUUAUUUGCUAAAAAUUCGCAUAAAAUUUUUUUUCCUUUUUCUAUAGUCUUCCUCGAUUUUCUCAGCUCAACUUUCAUGCUCACGCCUCUAUUUAUUAUUUUAUGCAAGCUCAAAUCUCUUCACUCUAUCCUAGUAAGGCAUUAGAUUCAGCAAAAAAAUGUUUUUUGAUUAUUAUUUUUUUUUGCAGUCCCGCGACGACACAUUCAGCAGGUCGGCGUCGGCUCAAUCCCUGCCAGUUAGCGCAAAAUUGAGGGAAAUGGCCGAAAUGAGUCUGUAUGAUAGGACUCUCCAUAUGCUCGCCACUGACCCGGUUUAUCAGAAAGAGGUAAAAAACAAAAAAGUAAUGAGAAAAAUGGAAAGAAAACUCUUACCUCAUUCGUUAUGACUUGAAAAAAUCUGACCUGUCUGCGCUCUCUGAUCCCUCACGUGUGAAGAAACAGGAAAAUGCGGGAAUAGAGAGCGCAGAGAAGUCAGAAAACCCCGGACGUGUCUUAGGUUUUUUAGUGAUCACUCUAGUGACGUCCGUGCUCUUAAGGGAUCCCUAGAAUGUCUCAGAAACGUUAAAAGCGAGUCCGGUUUCCGUCACCGAGGUUCAAUUAUAAAGAGCUAGAUUCUCCAUGGAGCAAACUUCCUUCUUAUUUUUCCAAAAGCUUGUCAACGAACCAAAUUUUGAAAAGAGGGAAAAAACAGUCGUGAAAUAGCGCUCCACUAAGAAAAAUAGGAAUAAAUUCUGAGCACAGAAAGGUCAAAAAUACCGAUUUUCCAUGGAGCGCACAUUCCUUUAGUCAAUGAUUUUUUUCUCUGAAGGUUCUAUCUUGACCUUCUGAACUUCACUAUAUCUCUUUCUCUGACCUCUCUGCGCUCUCUUUCUCUCUCCGUGCGUGGUGAAUGGAGUAUAACUCAUCAUUCUAUCAAAAUUUUACCUUAGAGCGCAUUUUCUAACUCAAUUCAGCCUCUGCAAGAAUAUCCCCAGUAAGGAAAUUUUUUUUAGGUAGCUCUAGGCAAACGGAUAGGUUUCUACCGGCUGGGAAAGGAAGUCGGCGCUGGCAAUUUUUCCAAGGUCAAAAUGGGUAUCCACGUCCUGACUAAAGGUUUUUUCUCACCUAUCAUGCUUCGAAAUUGAACUUUUUGCAGAAAAAGUGGCGGUGAAAAUCAUGGACAAGGCGAAAAUGGACCAAAAAGCCCAGAAGUUAUUGACUCGGGAGAUCCAGUCCAUGGAGAAGAUGAACCAUCCCAAUGUUAUCAAGCUUUUUGAGGCCCGCUUUUUUUUCUUUCGGAUGAAAUUCAUGAGUUCCUCCAAAGAAAUUUUGAAUUAAAAAUACUUAUUCCUUCUAAAAAUAGCGGUUCUGACAGUCUUGAGAGUCUCAGAAUAGCGGUUAGAAACAGUCUCACUUGUCUGCGCCCUCUUAUUCUCUCGCCGGUGAGGUCAGAGAAGCUUUGAAACAGCUUGCAGAUAGAAAAGAGUGCAGAGAAUUUUAACUGGAUCAAAAAAAGUUUAUAGUCAAUCUUUCCCCUAGAAGACGAGAUGGGUAGGUGGCUUUAGUUUUACCCCCAUAGGGACCACUUUUCCGCCGCUUUAAGGGUUGUUUGUUUCCCUAACCCCUAUAGGAACCACUCUGGAAACGGGCGCCUAAAGAUCGCCACAACUCUUUCUCUGGAACACACUAUUUCUUUAUUUUUUUUCUCGUAGCUAGAUAUAUAAGAUCUCCUGGAAAACGUGUGGUCCACGCUUCGAUCAAUAAAACAAUAAAAGGUCGAAAGCGAAGAUGGACCAUCUAAGUAUCUAAGUAAGUAAGUUUUCUCGACUUGAAAGGGCGGUACUUCUCUGCGCCCUCCUCAUCUCUCGACGUCUCUCUCAUGUUUACGUGCUAUUUCAAUUUUUCUCUGACCUCACAGGAAGACGCAGACACGCAAAAACUGUCAAGUCGCGACGAAGGAGCUAUAACGACGAAAUAGUGUGUGUUAGAGAAAGAGUUGUGCCGAUCUUUAGGCGCCUCAUGUCGGGAAGGAUUUACUAUAACAGAAACCUUUCAAACAAGUUUCUCUGUUCUUUUUUUUCAAUUUUUAACAUAUAUGCCUAAUGUUUCAGUGCGUGGAAACGUUAACAAGGGUCCAUUUGGUCCUGGAAUAUGCCGGUGGCGGCGAACUUUACGCUUAUGUUCAUGAGAGGGGCAAAUUGACAGAAGCCGAAGCGAAGCCACUCUUCGCCCAGAUCGUUUCGGCAGUUUCCCACAUGGUUCGUGGUCAUUUAUGAGCUUUUUUGAAGUUGAUGAAGGAUUCAAAGGAGCAUAGGUUAAAUCCGUAUUUUGUCUCGGCUUGCUUGAGCCAUCCUGACACGAUGAGAAAAGAGAGAGUGCGUGAUUAGUGGAGAGCGCGGACAGGCCACGCCCCCUUAGCGUCCCAAGCUUGUCUUGAAUCGGCUAUAUGAUACUCUUUUAGCUUUACAUUGAAACUGUCUGACUUCUCUGCGCUCUCCUGUUGACGUGACACUUUUUGUAUGACCUCGCUGGUGAGAGAAAAGAGAGCGCAGACAGGUCAGACUUUCCCAAACAGCUAAGAAACUCAUCUAGAGAAAUUAAUAACAGUUUUUAAACUGGUCCUAAAAAGAAACUCCCAGAAAGAAACGUGACAUUCUUGAAUUUAUAUGUCAGCAAAUUGUUGCAAAACUAGCGAAAAUUUCUGAUUUUUUCGGUUUUCAGAAUAUUUAUAGCGUCAGUAGUGAUCCAACCAAUUUCAGAGAGGAAAAAUAAAGAAAGAGCCUGAAAAGUGCCAAGCCUGCUUAGUACUCACGAGUAAAAUUCAAAGGUCUAAAUAAGAACUUUUGGAAAAGAAGGCCUCUGAGGCCCCUUUUUACCUAGACCUGUUUAAGAACUUUCAAAGAGGUGUAAAAAAAGCGGGAGUCCAUAAAAAUGAAAAAAAGACAUUUCAAGAAACUUUUGACACCUUUUUAGGAUCUCAAAAACGAGCUUUAGGCUCUUCUUUUUGAGGCCGUUUUGAGGUCGUUUGUAGUUUGCGGGUGCUAGAAUCUAAGUUCUCGGACUUUCAAAAGUUGAACAAAGUUUGAACGAGUUUGUUAAAAACUCGAAAAUCCACGAAAAAUCCGAAAUUUGGACUUGAGUCGAUUCUUUUUCAGCACUCCCGACAGCUGGUCCAUCGUGACAUCAAGGCGGAAAACGUCAUGUUUAGUGGGCCGAACACGGUGAAACUCGUUGAUUUCGGCUUUUCUUGCCUUGUUCCUGGAAAUCAGACCCUGGAGACGUUCUGCGGGAGUCCGCCCUACGCCGCUCCCGAGUUGUUUAGGUUUUUUCUUGUAAAUAUAUAUUUUUUACAUGCUUUCGAAGUUUCAAAGCUUUCAAAGAAGGAAAAAAUCAAAGGAUUAAAAGCUUAGAAAAAGUUACAAACGUUUGGCAUUAAAAAAAACGCGACAGACCCAAAACGACUUGCGCGCUGGGGUGUCAGUAAGUGUUAGCAACUUUGAGAGCUUGUAAUUAGACUCGGAAGAAUUUUCCGAGAAAAAUAAUUAGUUUUUCCUGACCAGAGAGACAUCUACCAUCCAAAUUUAGGCCCAAUAUUUUUUUUUUUCACCUUCGACAGCCUCUUAAUUUUUCUCAUAGGCCUUGAGAGCAAAUUUUGAGCACAGAUUUGGAAUCAGCGUGAAAAACUACGUCCAGUGAACCUUGUCUCAUUGAAAAGUCUUGCUGAGAAAAUUCUCAAUUCAGAGAAAACUGUUCCAAACGCGGCCGUUGAGCCUUUCCAAGAGCGACCAAAUUCGAAAUUUUCCCAAAAUUUUUUUUGUACAAUCAGUUUGGCUUCCCUAGCGACACUGAAACGAAAAUAAAAAAUCUCCAAAACAAUUUUUCGAUCUAGGGACAAAAGCUACAACGGCGAACUGGUCGAUAUUUGGGCCCUCGGCGUCUUACUGUACUUUAUGCUCGUCGGUGUGACGCCGUUUCGUGGCGAGACCGUUUCCGAGCUCAAAGUUGUCCGUUUCCUUCUCGAUGAUUCUUUUUUGACAAUUUACAAGCUUCAGGUCAUAAUUCAAGGAGCUUACACUAUACCUGACUAUGUUUCACUUCUUGCGACGCAUUUACUACAGUCGAUGCUCACGCUGGAUCCCGCCAAGAGAUCUCUUAUCCAUGAUGUCAAGGUAUAGGCUUUGUCCCGACUUGUUGCGGGUUGCGUCGAUCCUAGGAACUUUAGAGUUUCCCUUCAGGGGUUCGAAGGCCCCUUAAGGGACCGAAAAAGUGGUUCCUAUAGGAGUUCCGGGUCUUACCCCUUAGCCGUUAAAGAUCUAUAUAUUUCAGAAAAACUACUGGAUGAGGGAUUGCAAAUUCACGCGCUCUUAUCUUUCGAUCCACGCAAAUGUGGACAACGAUCCCGAAAGUGAAACAAAUGACAUAAAUGCACGGGUGUGUUUUCACUUCUCAUUUUUUCCACCUUAAAAAAAAAAAAUUUUUAGGUUUGGCGAAUUAUGAACAGUUAUGGAAUACGGGAAGAAAUGCUCAAUGAGGAUACACAGGAAAAAGGUUUUUUUCAAAUUCGAACAUUACAUUCAAUAACAAGUUCUUUUGAGGACCAAGAGAUGCGAUCGUUGGGACCUAUCGCAUUCUCCACUAUCAGGUCCAGGCGGAAGGACGAGGCAAAGUCUGUUUUCCGCUUUCGCGACUUCAAAAAAGAAUGUUUUUUUCAGCAAAGAGAGGAUGAAACAACAAGUUUUUAUGCUGAAUCUUCAUCGAGAACGAAAAAAACCACCAAGGCGACCAUUUUCUCGGCCGAUGAACGACGCCUCAGACAACGCAGCAAAACGUGUACAAUCAUUUGA